AUGUCAGGAGAGGAACAGGUCAACACAGAUCUCAUCACCCUCACCCGCCAUGUCCUGAGCGAGCAGUUCCGCCUCGGCGCUGUCGCCACCGGCGACCUCACCCUCCUCCUUACCGCCAUCCAACUCACCUCCAAGUUCAUCGCCACCAACGUCCGCAAGGCCCGCCUCAUCAACCUCGUCGGCCUCGCCGGCGAGACCAACGUCCAGGGCGAGGAGCAGAAGAAGCUCGACGUCCUCUCCAACGACAUCAUGAUCAACGCCCUCCGCGCCUCCGGGAAGACCGCCGUGCUCGUCUCGGAGGAGCUCGAGGACGCCGUCAUCAUCGAGGACCGCUACAAGGGCAAGUACUGCGUCGUCUUUGACCCCCUCGACGGCAGCAGCAACAUCGACGCCGGCGUCAACAUCGGCACCAUCUUUGGCAUCUACGAGAUCGCGAAAGACUCCAAGGGCACGAUUGAUGACGUCCUCCGCCCGGGCAGCCAGAUGGUCGCCGCGGGCUACACGAUGUACGGCUCCUCGGCGAACCUCGUCCUCACGACCGGCAGCGGCGUGAACGGCUACACGCUCGACGCCGCGCUCGGCGACUUCAUCCUCACGCACCCGAACAUCCGCAUCCCGCCGCGCGGGAAGAUCUACUCGUUCAACGAGGGCAACUCGAUGUACUUCCACCCGCCCGUCCUCGCCUACCUCGACAGCAUCAAGUACCCGCCCGCCGGAUCCGGCCGCUCGCCCUACUCGGCGCGCUACAUCGGGAGCAUGGUCGCCGACGUGCACCGGACGCUGCUCUACGGCGGCAUCUUUGGCUACCCGGACGACAAGAAGAGCAAGUCGGGCAAGCUGCGGCUGCUGUACGAGGCGUUCCCGAUGGCCUUUUUGACGGAGCAGGCGGGAGGUAUCGCGACGACGGGGACGAAACGGAUCAUGGACAUCGUGCCGACGCACAUCCACGAACGGUGCUCCGUGUUCCUGGGCAGCAAAGAGGACGUGCAGGACCUGAUGAAGUUCUACCGGGCGCCGGAGAACAAGUCGGCGUAG